UAGCUCUUAGGAGUCGCUAUGGUGACAGGGAGGUCCGAGGCUUCUUGGUAACUGGUCCCACUUCUGUGAGUACGAUCGCCACCGCUUUCCUGGCACUUAAGUGAAUACAAUCAAGUGGCAUUUUAAAAUUUUGCUGGAAGGUGGAGACAUGAGACUGAAGAUAUCUCUUUUAAAAGAACCAAAGCAUCAAGAAUUAGUAAGCUGUGUGGGCUGGAAUACUGCUGAAGAACUGUAUUCAUGUAGUGAUGAUCACCAGAUAGUGAAGUGGAACUUGUUAACUAGUGAAACAAGUCAAAUAGUAAAGCUGCCUGAUGAUAUUUACCCAAUAGAUCUUCACUGGUUUCCGAAAAGUUUAGGCAUAAAGAAACAAACUCAAGCAGAAAGCUUUGUUCUCACAAGUUCUGAUGGCAAAUUUCAUCUGAUUUCUAAGUUAGGAAGAGUGGAAAAAAGUGUGGAAGCUCACUGUGGAGCAGUACUUGCUGGGCGAUGGAAUUAUGAAGGAACAGCAUUAGUUACAGUUGGAGAAGAUGGACAAAUAAAAAUCUGGUCAAAGACUGGAAUGCUAAGAUCAACUUUAGCUCAGCAAGGAACACCAGUGUAUUCAGUAGCAUGGGGCCCUGAUUCGGAAAAGGUUCUUUACACAGCAGGCAAACAGCUGAUCAUUAAACCUCUUCAACCAAAUGCUAAAGUUUUACAGUGGAAAGCUCAUGAUGGCAUUAUUUUAAAAGUAGACUGGAACUCAGUCAAUGAUUUAAUUUUAUCUGCUGGCGAAGACUGUAAAUAUAAGGUAUGGGAUAGCUACGGCCGCCCUCUGUACAGUUCACAACCUCAUGAGCAUCCUAUUACCUCAGUUGCCUGGGCUCCAGAUGGAGAAUUAUUUGCUGUUGGAUCAUUUCAUACUUUACGCUUGUGUGAUAAAACUGGGUGGUCAUAUGCUUUAGAAAAGCCCAACACUGGCAGCAUAUUUAAUAUCACAUGGUCAAUUGAUGGCACCCAGAUUGCUGGAGCCUGUGGAAAUGGACAUGUUGUUUUUGCACAUGUGGUGGAGCAACGUUGGGAGUGGAAAGAUUUUCAAGUAACGUUAACUAAAAGAAGGACCAUGCAGGUUCGUAACGUUCUUAAUGAUGCAGUGGAUUUACUGGAAUUCCGUGAUAGAGUCAUUAAAGCCUCUUUGAACUAUGCACACUUAGUUGUUUCAACGUCUCUUCAGUGUUAUGUGUUCUCUACGAAGAACUGGAAUACACCACUUAUAUUUGAUCUCAAAGAAGGAACUGUUAGUUUAAUUCUGCAGGCAGAAAGACAUUUUCUUCUUGUAGAUGGUGGUGGUAUCUAUUUAUAUUCUUAUGAAGGGCGCUUCCUUUCCUCUCCAAAAUUUCCUGGAAUGAGAACAGAUAUUCUAAAUGCACAGACGGUCUCUCUGAGUAAUGAUACCAUAGCAAUAAAAGACAAAGCUGAUGAAAAAAUAAUCUUCCUCUUUGAGGCAUCAACUGGAAAACCACUGGGAGAUGGGAAACUUCUUUCUCAUAAGAAUGAAAUUUUGGAAAUUGCUCUAGAUCAAAAGGGACUUACCAAUGAUAGAAAAAUUGCUUUCAUUGAUAAAAAUAGAGAUCUCUGUAUCACUUCAGUGAAACGAUUUGGGAAGGAAGAACAAAUUAUCAAACUUGGAACAAUGGUGCAUACUCUGGCGUGGAGUGAUACAUGCAACAUCCUCUGUGGACUUCAAGAUACUCGAUUUACAGUGUGGUAUUACCCCAAUACGGUUUAUGUGGACAGAGACAUUUUGCCUAAAACAUUAUAUGAAAGGGAUGCAAGUGAAUUUAGUAAAAAUCCCCAUAUCGUGAGUUUUGUUGGAAAUCAGGUAACUAUAAGAAGAGCUGAUGGCUCACUGAUUCACAUCAGCAUAUCACCAUAUCCUGCUAUUCUCCACGAAUACGUAAGCAGUUCAAAAUGGGAAGACGCUGUAAGACUUUGUCGUUUUGUUAAGGAGCAAACCAUGUGGGCUUGCCUAGCUGCUAUGGCAGUCGCUAAUCGAGAUAUGACUACUGCAGAAAUAGCCUACGCAGCAAUUGGUGAAAUUGAUAAGGUUCAAUACAUCAAUUCUAUAAAAAAUCUUCCAUCUAAAGAAUCAAAAAUGGCCCACAUAUUAAUGUUUAGUGGGAACAUACAGGAGGCUGAAAUGGUACUUCUUCAGGCUGGCCUUGUUUAUCAAGCGAUUCAGAUCAAUAUUAAUCUCUACAACUGGGAAAGGGCACUUGAAUUAGCUGUUAAAUACAAAACACAUGUUGAUACAGUGCUUGCCUACCGUCAAAAGUUUUUGGAGACAUUUGGUAAACAGGAAACUAAUAAACGAUACCUGCAGUAUGCAGAAGGUCUCGAAAUAGAUUGGGAGAAAAUCAAAGCCAAAAUUGAGAUGGAAAUUACCAAAGAAAGAGAGCGAUCCUCAAGCAGCCAGCCCAGCAAGAAUAUUGGUCUUAAGCACUAAAUGCCAUGCUUACCUUUAAGAAGUUUUACCUUUUGAAACUGAUUCUGAUUAACCAAGGAUAAGCUUGUUUUCCUUGCUUAAAAAAAGGCAGAAUCUCUAAGUAUAAGCACUUGCUGUGUAUUUAAUACCAAAAGGAUAUUCAGAAAGACUAAGCACAAAAUAAUUGGUGUAAUUUCAUCUUUUAUAUUUUUAGUCCAAUAAUUAGCAAAACAUCCUAUAUAUUUAUGAUGCAUCUAUGUAGUAUUGCUUACAUUCCAGUUUUCUGUCCAUUAUUUUAUCCCUGAAUCUUCAGUAUGAACAAUAUUAAUGCUGAUAAUAAAACA